GUAGCCGGGUGGUGUUUGAACUUGUAAAAAAGUACUUCCCCUUUAAGAAAAUCGAGCCCCUGAUGAUGACGUGUUAAUAGCGCGCAAUGCAGAGAGAAACGGCAAACAGCAGUGCAUGAGAUUAAUCCAGCGAGUGUUGAGUAUCAUCCUUGAUUUAAUUGAUGCUCUAUUUCGAGAUGAUCGAAGAUGUUUGAUCGCACGUGACUGCAUUUUGAAAUCUCUAUAAAAGAGUUCGGGUGCCACUACCGUGUUUGUGUUUGCUUUGAAAGUGUAUUGUUUCACACUGAAAGUGUGCCCUAACAUUCGUAAAUAUUUGACAUUGAGAAAUUGACACUUUACUAAAUUAUCUGUUAAGAUAUUUUUUUGUUAAUUAUUCAUUUUGAGUUUAUAGUCUAUUUGGUUAAAGCAUUACAGUGACCCCGUGUGGGGAAUUUGAGUAGUGUGGUUGAGUGAUAAAUUAUCACCUGUGACUUGUUGAACUACUCAGUUUAAAGCAUUGAAGAUCUUAAAGAGCAUUUAAACAAUUGAUUGAUUUAAUAGAGGAAAAAUAAAACAAAUUGUAAAACGUGGUUCAGUGUCAAUUGAUUUGUUUUGUUAACUGGCAACAAAAUUUGGUACCAGGAGUGGGGUCCUUUUAUAAAUCUAUAUUGCCAGUGUCAGUUAAAUGUUAGUGGCACACGGGUGAGCAAACACGGUAGUGGUGAAGAGAAGCCUCUGGCGUGGAAGGAGUUUGCGGUCACUGGACGGAGUGUUCGACGCAGAAUAGAGACGGUCGUUGGUUUGGGCCAGGACGUGACAGAGCCGACGGAGUGGUGAAGUGCGUUCCCUAUCUGAAGUAGGCACGGAUUGUCCCUUUCAGUUGCCACACUCAAGACUUUGACUUGCAACAUGUCUGACUAUUCGGAGGGGGAAGAGGACGACAUUCGCCUGAAGUUAAGAGAACUGAGUCAAAAGCACGAUGAAGCAAUGGCCACACUUGAGUCUUUAAAAGGGGGGUGUAAUAAGACUUUUGUGUAUGUACCCCGAGAACGUCACAUCAGCCCAUUCACAGGGGACAUUGAAAAAGAUGGGAGAACAGUAGAUGAGUUUAUAGAUGAGGUUGAGCGUGCUUUAAGAGCCAGAAACAUGACACCAAAUGAUGAGUGUGAUUUUGUUAUGUCUUUGCUGCGAGGUGCUGCAUUAGAAGAGGUUCGAUUGCGAAGCAAUGUAGACACCGAUAUAUCCACGGAUAUACUUACUUACCUUAGAGAGGCUUUUACUGAUAGGCGCAGCAGUGCCCAACUCCUCCAGGACUUUUAUAGUCGUAAGCAGAAAGAGGGGGAGGAUGUUCGUGAUUUCUCUCAUGCACUAGCUCAAGCUCUCAGUCAAAUUACUAAGCGUGCACCAGAGGCUGUGGGAGAUGAAAAGACGAUGUUAAGAGACCAGUUUGUAGAGGGCAUCCGAGACCAUACCCUCAGACGGGAACUUCGGCGGUAUGUAAGAGACAAGCCUGAGUCUUCUAUGGUGGAAGUGAGGGAGGAAGCUUAUCUAUGGGGCUGGGAGGAGCAGUCUGGGAGGGUUCGGACCCCUAAAAGUCGAAGUGCUACAUAUGGCUCCUACAGUGAGAGUGCACACUGUGCAGAAGUAAAAGCCACGGGCCAAAACCCAGUUACUUUAUCCAAAGUAAUGGAUGUAGUAACUCAACAGGGCAGGCAGAUCCUUGAGCUAACCCAGGCAGUUAAUAACUUGAUGACACAACAACAGGGGGCUGGGGGCCUACGGAAUAACACUCGAGCCCAGUUACGAUUCACUGAAGAUGGUAAGCCCAUAUGCCUGAAAUGUCAAGAAGCCGGGCAUAUUGCGAGAAAUUGUCCCCAGAAACGAAACGCUAAGAGACCUGCAUCCCGUUCCAUUGAGUCGGGAAAUGUGACGCCCGGGUUGCUGUGAGUCGAGCAAUCCAGGGCCAACCUGUAGACUCAAGUCAAGAAGAACUGUUGAAGCGGGCAGUGGGGACAUGUCCUCAAGUGGAUAUUAAGGUUCUGGGCGUAGAAGUAUCCUGUCUCCUGGACACAGGCAGCCAAGUGAGUACGAUAUCUGAAAGUUUCUUUCGACAACAUUUGGGGGGUGAUGAUGAAGACAUGCUUUCAACUGCUGGAUGGCUCAAGCUGACUGCAGCAAACGGGCUGGACAUC